AUGAGGAAAAGGAAGUGACAACGGCAGGUACAAAACAAUGUUUGGGUUCUUCAAGAAAAUUAAACCAGUGAAAAUCAGGACUUGUAAUGAAAGCCGAAAAUAUGGGAUAGCAGCGAAAGAUCUCAAGGAGUUGCUCAAAAAAGGUUGCAAGACUUUACAAUUGCCAGAGGCAGGCGCACAUGUAUGUUUGUAUUCUGAUGGGACAAAAGUGACGGAGGAAUUCUUCCGGACUCUGCCAGACCACACUGAACUGGUUCUUCUCUCCAGCGAGCAGACGUGGAGCGGGAGUAAGAGAAAUAACACUCCCAACACCUUUUUAACAAAACAAACUGUGUACGUGUUUUCACAUCACCUGCUUCCCAUUUCAGUCAUGUGUGACAUUGGUCAUUUACUGAGCUUAGACCAGCACACUGAUGGCCUCAUCGAAGCAGCGAAGGAGCUCCUGUCUGGUACACAGUCUCCAAAGAGACGGAAAAUCCUGACCGACCUGCUGCUGAAUCUGAAGGACAGGUCUGAGGUGGAGAGCAGAGAGGAGGAUGAGGAGUGGUUUAAAGGCAUCGACACUCGCUUCAAGACAAAGUCUGCCUACAUGAAGUUCAACUGUGAAAGCAGGAUACGGGGCUACAUGAAGGAGGUGGACGAUGCCACCAAAACCAUUCAGAAAGCUAAAGACAGGGCAGAGUUCUUGGAAAUGUCAAAGUGUCUGGCAGACAUGCUGAAAGCAGCCAAGUACAACGGCUGUUACUUUGACAGGACUGAAAAGGAGCGGAAUCGCCUCUGCACCCAGGAGGGAUGGUUCACCUGCCAGGGACCAUUUGACCAGGACAUGUGUCAGUCUCUCCACUCCAUCAACCCGUACGGCAGCAGAGAGAGCAGGAUUGUCUUCAGCACGUGGAAUCUGGACCACAGGAUCGAGAAGAAAAGGACAAUCAUUCCGGCUCUGCUGGAAGCUCUGCAAAAUCACAAGAUCGCUGAUGUCAACUUGACCUACUUCUACGGCCUGCUGUUCACCACUGAGAACCUGAAGCUGGUUCACAUCGUGUGCCACAAAAAAGGAGCUCACAACCUGCUGUGUGAUACCAAGAAGACUUUCAGACCGGCCACAAACACAGGCAAGACAAAUCAUAGAGUCAAGGAAAAAAAGAGGCGCUUAAUGACUUAAAAAGUGUUCGUGAUUAAUUGAGGUAUGUAGGUAUGGUAUGUGUCGAAAGAUAAAUUCUCAGGCCUAUUUUGUAAGACUACUUUAUUUUCUACCUCACUAUAAUGAAUUCUGAACCAGAAAUCUGCAGACAGGAGGAAUUAGACUGACUUGAAAUCAUGAAAAACAUUUAUUUGUUCUUUAUGUUGGCACAGUGAUGUAAAAUGGCACAAACUGAUUACAAUGACUGCUUACCUUGCAAGGCAUUUUGCUCAGUCAAAAAGUUGCAUAGAAUAAUAUGAAAAU